AUCCCAGCAAUAGUCCAGCGAUUUGUUAGGAAAUGUUACGCGCAAUUUUACCCGUGAAAGCAUCGCUGAGUCUCACGACUCUCCUUCAAGAGGGUCCUGCCAAAGGUUUCCCAGUGUGAGGACAAUCGAAGAAUAUUAGCGGUGCUUUCAUGGAUCAAUUGCGCGUAACAUUCCUAAUAAAUCGCUGGACUGUUGCUGGGAUGUAACCGGUUACCGAAUAUUAGCGGUGAUUUAGAUUAAUUUGCCCUCGGUGAAACACUCAACUUUGAUCAUAAAUUGUGUAUUGGCCCUGCCCCUCCAAGCCGCAGUUGCUAUGGCCUCUGCAGCGCGCAUCGCUCUGCUGGGCGCCACGGGCCUCACCGGCCAGCGACUCAUGGCCCAGGCCCUGGAGCAGGGCCACCACGUGACCGCCAUCGUGCGCUCUCCUAGCAAAGUGCAACUCCAACAUGAAAAUCUCAAGGUGAUCCAGGGAGAUGUUUUCUCGACGGAGAGCCUGAAGGAUGCGUUGGUUGGUCACGACGCGGUCAUGUCGUGUUUGGGCUUCACUCCGCAAGAGGUCACAGCUUACGGCGACUCAGCUAAAGCCAUCGUGGAUGCCAUGAGGCAGGCCGGGGUCAGCCGCUUCAUAGCCAUGACAGCAUGGUAUACGGAUGUCGAUUCCCAGGCCCAUGCUCCUCGGUUUGUUCGUUGGAUUCUGCUGCCCAUGAUCAGACCGAUCCUCGCCAGCAUGCGUGUCAUGGAGCAGUUCCUGUGCACCGAGUGCUCUGACAUCAACUACACCGUCGUCCGUCCGCCGGGCCUGAAAAACGAGCCGCCGACGGGAGAUGGAGGUGGUGGAGGGGAUGUUCGUGCCCGUGCAGGACUCCGGCUGGCUGGGCACCAAGGGCUCGCAGGUGUCCCGUGGGGACGUGGCACGAUUCAUGCUGCAAGUCCUCACCUCACACACCUGGGACCGCAAAGAGGUGGCCAUGACGGUCCUGUAGGCUCCCUGGCCUUGACGGGCAGUGGCUCUGUUUAGAACCAAACCCCAAAUGCAGCCAAAUACCAACGUGUCUUUCUUGAAAGACAUUUUCUGUGAAAUGUUAAGCUGUAUUUGGGAGAGUUUCUCUUUUUUUUUAUUGAUCAAUGCUGCUGCCGCAUCAAAAUUAUCUUGCCUCUCAUGCAAUAUAAAAUGAAAAUAUAUAUAUAUCGCGGGGAAACGUUAUUGUGGUAUAAAAGCACGUAACGUGGGGUUGGAUUUCAUUUGUAUCUGCCUUUACAAAUGGACCGUUCCAAAAGGGAUAGGACACAA